AGGAUUAAAAAUGGCCUCAUCAUCCAGUAAGAAGCAUUGCGGGGAUAACAACUAUCUAGAAAUGUCUCCAGAAAGAGCUAGAAAAUUAUUUCAUUCUGGUGGUGUACUGCUUAUUUUGAAUCUUCCUGUUGGCUCAGUAUUUGGCAUUGAUAUGAAAGUUUAUCAAGUGGGUGAAAAAUUCAAAGGCCUAAAAAUGAUUCCUCCUGGUUUGCAUUUCAUAUAUUACAGUGCAGUGAGCAAAGAAGGUUGUACUGCUCCUCGUACUGGCUUUUUUCAUUUCUUUUCUCCUCAAGAAAUAGUUAUAAAAAAGUGGGACAACAGUAGUGAAAAUCUGAAUUGUGUGGAUGCAUCUGAAGAAGAAAUACAAAGAAUAAAAGACAACCUGCAGGAUUUGGAUAGAUAUUUAGGUGCAUAUCCUUACCAAACUUUGAAGCAGUGGAAUUAUUUGACAUGCAACAUAUCUGAAUCAUUAGUAAAGAAGUUGCAGCCAUUAUCUGGUACAGUGAGUUCAGUCACUCAGUUAGUUCCUCUAAGUUAUCCUUCACAGGAAAGCACAGAACCAGACAGUACUACAGAGAGACGAUUUCAGACUUUGGAAGAUAAAUAUUUACCAGAUAUGAAGAAAGUUCCAGGAACUGAGAUACGAUUUACAGAUAUCCCUCAAAAUAAGUACCCUGAGGGAUCUUCUGCAGCAGAAAUAACAAUGCACAGCAUGGAUUCAACAUAUGUUUUGGAGCAGUUGUUAAAGUCUUUUGAAAAAGAUGAUGACAUACUCGGUGAGCUGCAGAUGGCUCAUGUGUGUUUUCUUAUUGCACAUGUAUAUGAUGCCUUUGAACACUGGAAAAAAUUAGUACACAUUUUAUGUUCCCUUGAUUCAGGAUUACAGAAACAUUCAAAAUUACUCAAAACUUUUCUUACAAUUUUACACUAUCAGUUAAAGGAAAUACCUACAGACUUUUUUGUUGAUAUAACUUCUGAGAAUAAUUUCCUUGUAAAUACUUUAAGAAUCUUCUUUGAAAAUGUCAAAAGCAGUGAUAUUGAUGAGGAAUUUAAAAUGUUUGCAAAUAGAUUUCGGAAAAGUAUAACAUCAAUAUACAAAUGGGAUUUUGAAGGUGUGCCAGAUGAAGAACAACCUGUAAUGGUAGAUUUAGAAACAUAAAUGCUUAAAACAUGACUUGUAUAUUUGUUUUAUAUUUGUAAAUAUAUAUAUUUUGCAACUCUGAUAAGUGUACUAUAAUUAAUUGCAUUGUUUAUUCAUAAAUAAAUUUUUGUACAGAUAUAUUUUUUAUUGAAAAUACAGUGUUACCUUGGUAUAACAUUAAAAUUUUUUCCAGGUUCUCAGACGUGUGCCAAACAAACUUUUCCAAUAAGAGAUAAAGGGAAAAUAAUUAAGAAUUCAUUCUUAUAGAAAAAUUCUUAUUGUUAUUAUUGUAACACUGUUUAAUGUCAAAAUACAAAUGCAGUGGGUGCAAUAUAUUCUGUACAUAAAUGAAGCACUGCACAUGAUACAAUAUAUAGAUGUUUUUCCUGCUAUUCAGAUCCAAAACAAUUUUUCAACAUGAUUUAAUGUCUUUGAUCUUUGUUUGGUAAUGGAUUUUACCCUUUUAGCAAUGUUAGUUGCUUUAAUAGCAUAUGCUUUUCACAGUACUUGGCAUACGGCAUGCAAUAGUCUCUGAUAUGUAUGCCAUUUUCAUACUUUCAAUAAUCUCUUUUUUUCACCUCUUGAAAUCCUAAAACUUUUCUUCAUUGCUUUAGUUUCUCAUUAAGUUUCCUAAAACUCAUUAGCAAUGAAUUUAUAAAACAUUUACACUACAGACGCAUGCGCGCGCAUACACACACACACACACACACACA